AGGGAACUAUAACGGAACACCGAUCUACGUGACCUUGCAAUGUCAUUUGAUAUAUUGUAACGUCUUGCAUGGAGGUUGCAAGGAAAAGCGUAUCUAUUGUGCUGUUCUCAGUCCUGACCAGCCUUUUUUUUUUUUUUUUUUCUUUACUUUAUAGAAAGGAGCAAAUAACUCUACGAAAGGAUGUGCACACUUGAAAUUGCUACAGUACUUUGAAUACAAAUGAGGAUUACAGACACUAUAGUACUGUGCAAUAAUUAUAACGUAAGCGAACCUACUUCAUAAGGAAUUUGCAGCAUGGAGUCUCAGCGUCCACCCCUAGGUGCUCCUGCAAAUGGUUCAGUCUUCGUUUCCGUGAUGUGUAAGGAGUCGCACAUUGUUGUCAGCUGACUGGUAUCUGGUGGGCGCUUUCUGUUGUUCUAGGGUGAACACCAAUGAAUAAUUUAAACAAUCCGCCCCAGUGGAACAUUCGUCCAAAUGGAGAAGGCGAAAAUGGGAAUAAAUGGAACUAUGCUUUGCUGGUACCAGUAUUGGGGCUUGCUGCUUUUCGGUGGAUUUGGUCAAAGGAAUCUGAGAAAGAAAUUAGAAAAGCCAAAUCUGAAUAUCUUGAAAAAGUGACUGUUGUGGAGAAGGAACUUGAAACAAAAUAUCGAGAUGUUAUUGUGGAACACAGACGUGCAGUGGCUCACUUGGAAAUCGAGCUUGAGAAAGAACAAAACAGAACACUUAGUUAUCGCCAUGCCCUCAUUGCUCAAAGCAAGAAGCUUGUUGAAGAGAGAAGGCAGAUGGAACUUGAGAGAGACCAACUAAAACAGGAAAUGAAGGAUGUCCAGAAGAGUAACAAAUUACAAGGAUUGUAUACAAGUCACUGUGAGAGGGAAGAAGAAUGGCAGACGAAAGCCAAAAGCUUGUUAAAAGAUUUUGAAGAUGCGCUGAAAGAGAGACAGAACAUUUAUUGCAGUUGGACAGCAAGUAAAAAAAAUAGAUUAGAAAUAGAAAAAAAAAUGCUUGUCAAAGCUGCCAGCAAUCCAGUAGCUGCAGAGGUGGGGAUGACAGAUGGCUUGAUUGACAUCUUUAAACAUGACAACUAUUGUGCUGAACUGACAAACACUAAUAAGCGUGAAAAUGGCAGGCUAAUGUGGAUCUACUUAAAGUACUGGCAAUUAAGUGUAGACUUCAAGAAAUUUAAAAGAUUGCAAGAAGCCAUGACAGAAAAGUAGAAAGCACUUUGAGUUACAACACUGUCAAAAAAAGUUCUAAUAGGUAGAUAUAGAUAUCUGUUGUUUAUGCAUAGCUUUCUGUCUACAUUUAUUAAAGGAAAAUAAAAAACAAAUGUGGCAAGCUAUCCACUUUGCUAGAAAGUUGUGGUGUUGGACAAUGCUUGCUUCAGCUCUUCAUGUGAAAAGAGCCAUUAUUAUUAUUAUUAUUAUUAUUAUUAUUGCCACAAAAUGGUCAAACUCCAUAAUCCAUAAGCAAAGUUUGCAUUACAGUAUCUGUUACAGUUUUCUUGAACAGCACUUAGUGUACUUAACCUUUCAACAAACAAUCGGUCAUACAAUGUGUGUACAUGAGGAAUAACACUAUUUCUGGCCAUUAUAUGACUGGUUUCUGGCAUUUUUUUAACAGUUUUCCCUGUGCAUGCUGAAUGUCUAGUUUUGAAGUUCUCCCAGAGAUGAUCCACUGUACACAGAAAGUACAGGAGAAUCUGCUCAAUAACUUACUAAGAACCAGAACCACUAUCAUGGAGUACAUUACAGAGAGUUGCUGAUCUGUUUGGUUGUGAAUAAAGCACUUAGGAACAUA